AUGACACUAACAGAUGAGGAAGUCGCUUUGAGCGAGACUUCCGAGCAAUGGUCUGACGGUCUUGAUCAGCGUAGAGCUCUAUUGGACGACGAGAAAGUCCGCGCCCAUGUCGAAACGUGGUCCUUCAGGUGGUGGCAGUACGCGCUGCUUUUCCUGAUCUCGGUCAUAUUGCUUGUACCAUUUGCAGUAAACCUUGGACUCAAAGAUCCAUAUACUGAAGACCAGCAGCUUGGUCAAGUCGAGUCGCCCGAUUUGCCUCAAUCAACUGGUGGUGUCGCAUCACCCAAAGACGAAUACUUGCUUGAUCCUGCUUGGGACCAUGAUGCUGGCCCAACCAUAAGACAGUAUCACUGGACUCUCACCGAGACGGAACUGAACCCAGACGGUGUAUGGAGACCAAUGCUGCUCAUCAACGACCAAUUCCCAGGUCCUCUGAUAGAAGUUAACGAGCAUGACACCAUCAGGGUGACCGUCGAAAAUCGAAUGACGAAUUCUUCCUCUAUCCACUGGCACGGAUUAUAUCAGAAUGGCACGAACUCUAUGGACGGAACUGUUGGCAUCACGGGUUGUCCGAUUGCUCCCAACCACAACUUCACGUAUGAGUUCAAGGUCCAAGGACAGAGCGGUAGCUAUUGGUAUCACGCGCAUCAAGGCAUUCAAGCAUCAGAUGGUCUGAUGGGACCUCUAAUCGUCCACUCGAAAGACGAAAAGCAACUGCAGCAAAUUCAAUAUGCUAGCGAUCGUAUAAUCAUGCUUUCCGACCAUUAUCACGAUCUUUCUGGAGCACUGUCGAGAAAGUACAUGGCUCCAGAUAUGGAGAAUGCAGAGCCCGUACCAGAUGGGGCACUCAUCAAUGGUCGCGCGAUCCGCAACUGUGACGAUCUGCCUCAUAGAAGAUGCGAUAAUACCACAAGCAAUGUCGGUAUACCUGCCUUUGAUCUCGAACCUAAUCGCUACCACAGAUUACGCAUCAUGAAUGUCGGCGCUUUUGCCGAGUUUCAAUUCCAGAUCGACGAGCAUGAGCUGGCAGUGACAGAAGUCGACGGCACCGAUGUACAUCCAAUCAACUAUCAUCGUCUGAACAUCAACCCCGCUCAACGUUACAGUGUGGUCGUUCAUGCAGACAAAAGGGAUAGAACCAGCUUCAGGAUGCGAGCUCGAAUGAUCACCCAUUGUUUCGCUGAGCCGAAUCCAUAUAUGGCCGACUCCGUACACGGCAUUGUGCGAUACAGCAGUAGCUCUGAACCUAUAGUCACAUAUGAGCUACCUAAAACCAUCGACUGGGAUGAAGCCAUCGGCCUCGAAUGCAAGGAUCUAAACACUACAGAGCUAGUACCCGUUCAAGUCGUUGCAGCUCCUACAAAGCCCGAUGCCUUCUUCUAUCUGAGAUCAAACUUCGAGAUAGGUGCCUACAGGCUCUCCAGAGGCAAAUUCAAUACGAGCACUUGGCAUUCGGACGUCAAGAGUCCCACAUUGUUCCGAACAAUCGACGGCCUGCAGGCAAGGAACGCAUCCUUCGACGCAAAGCAAGACGACAGAGCUGCAUUCGUCAAUGAUAGGGCUUUCAAUCAACCGACCGAGCUCACCAUCCAGUCGUCAGGCGUUCAAACUAUUGAUAUCUUAAUAUCCAAUUUCGAUGAUGGUAACCAUCCAUAUCAUCUUCACGGAUACAAGUUCUGGGUUCUUGCUCAAGGUCAUGGUUAUCCUCCUACGAAGUCGCUCGAUAGACCGAUGGAUCUAGAUAACCUCUCCCCGCUGUAUGAAUCACUGGAUCUCACAAAUCCUAUUCGACGCGACACAGCUAGCGUGGAAGCGUUUGGCUGGGCACUGAUACGAUUUGUAGCCGACAACCCAGGUGCUUGGGCGUUCCACUGCCAUGUUUCAUGGCACGCAGAAGCUGGUCUGCUGAUGCAGUUUAUCACACGCACUGAUCUCCUGAUCGACAGUGAGAUAUCAAAAGCACAUCGAGAACUCUGCAGAGCUGACGGUCUAGAAAAAGGCAUGGGUCCGAAGGAUGAGAUUUACUAUAGUGAGGCGUAA